AUGGGCGCUCUGACGCUCCGCCCGGCCGCCGGCAGCGCCUUCAUGGGGCGCGUGGCCCGGGCAACGCUGUCCACGACCGCCGUGGAGGGCGAGACGGCCGCGGACGACGACACGGCCGCGUUCCUGAGCUCGACGUCGCCCGCCGAGCCGCGCACCGUCAAGACCGUGAAGCGCGCCAUCCGCGCCAGCCCCCGCAAGCUCACGUACCUGGCGCAGCAGAUCCGCGGCCUGCCGGCCAACGAGGCCAUCCUGCAGAUGAAGUUCUCGCCCAAGCGCAAGGCCGAGAUCUUCCAGAAGACGGUGCAGAACGCCAUCAACCUGGCCGACAUCAAGUACCAGAUUGAGCCGGAGAACCUCAUGGUGGCCGAGUGCUUCGUGAACAAGGGCACCUACCUCAAGCGUCUGCGGAUCAUGGGCCGAGGACGCUCGGGUAUCAUGCACCACCCGUACACGCACCUGACGGUGGUGCUGCGCGAGUUCGACCCGUCCAAGAAGCCGCUGAACCGCUUCCUCACCAAGAAGCUGGUGCGCGAGAACGCCAAGAAGCAG